UCACCGGGCGGAGCUUGAGAGGGCAGAUGAGUUAGAGCGAUACUUCUUGUUUCGGGGCCCGUGCUUUGUUUAAAUUAUUGGGAAUCCGAAUCAUCAGCCAGUUACCCCAGCCACAAACCGGGGGACGCCUCCCGCUGACACGCCUCUCCUCUGACGUCACCACUAGGGGUCGAGACCUGUUUGCGUUCCGCUUCCGCGUAUCUCACAAUCUGGCCCCGCCGUCGCGCUGUCUCUUUGUUGCGCUCAGUAACUGAAUAAAUCAAUGAAAGGAUCUCACAGCCCUCUCCCGCCUCUGAGCAGCUCACAUCAUCAUGGAGAUGGAGGCUAAUAAUUAAAGAUGUGGGCGUGUCCACUGGCCAGGACGGCGCGGUCUGCUACCCGGACACCUCGGAGCCACCGGCCAAUCGCGGACCCCGCCUCAGGCGCCGCCCCCCCAGCUGAGAUGCCCACUAACCCGCCGCCUCGGAGCCACCCGCCAAUCUGGAGUCCGCCGCGGUGGCUCACCUCCAGAGCAGCACCGCCGCCACAGAAGCCGCUCCGAAGGAUGGAGAAGAUUCCUGUUCUGGGCCUGGGCACCUGGAAGGCGGCUCCAGGGGAAGUGACAGAGGCAGUGAAAGUGGCAAUCGAUGUGGGAUAUCGGCACUUUGACUGCGCCUACCUGUACCGCAAUGAGAGUGAGAUCGGAGCUGGGAUCCAGAGCAAGAUCCAGGAGGGCGUGGUUCGGCGGGAGGACCUGUUCAUCGUCAGUAAGCUCUGGUGCACCAGCCAUAAGAAGUCCUUGGUGAGACCAGCCUGCUCCAACACUCUGAAGGCCUUGAAGUUGGAGUACUUGGACCUCUACCUCAUACACUGGCCCAUGGGUUUCAAGCCUGGGGGGGAAGAGCUGCCCCUGGACCGCAGUGGCAUGGCGAUUCCCAGUGACACUGAUUACCUGGACACGUGGGAGGCCAUGGAGGACCUGGUGGUUGCAGGGCUGGUGAAAGCUAUUGGGGUGUCCAACUUCAACCAUGAGCAGCUGGAGAGGCUUCUGAAUAAGCCCAACUUGAGGUUCAAGCCACUGACUAACCAGAUUGAGUGCCACCCAUAUCUCAAUCAGAAGAAUCUGAUCAGCUUCUGCCAGUCCAGAGACGUGUCCGUGACUGCCUACCAGCCCCUCGGGGGUUCCAGUGGGGGUGUGGACCUGAUGGACAACCCCGUGAUCCAGUCCAUCGCACAGAAGCACCAGAAGUCCGCAGCUCAGAUUUUGAUCCGGUUUCAGAUCCAGAGGAAUGUGAUCGUCAUCCCCAAAUCCGUUAACCCGAAGCGGAUUCUUGAGAAUAUCCAGGUGUUUGAUUUUGAGUUACCAGAAGAGGAUAUGAAUGCCCUUUUCAGCCUGGACAGGAACCUCCGACUGACCAAAUUCCCCACAGCUAAAAAUCACAAGGACUAUCCUUUCCACAUAGAGUACUGAGCCGGCUCCCGCUCCCUCCCCCCGCACCGCCCAACAAAUCCAGGGCUGAGGGGCUCCCGCCCAGCAGCACAGCACAGGGCCUGCCUCAGAGGCACACACAGCCUGGCCAGGAAUGGGAGGGACGGAGGCUAAGCUCCCCAAGAAAUCAUCAGACUCAGUGAGAUCGGAGGAGGACGCGUCUGAGAGUGUGCUUGCCCCACGGAGCACAGUGGUGGUCGUCUCACAAGUACUGGGAGACCAGCAUGAAGAGCCUCUACAGCUGCGACUCGGCUUCAGCAAUGAGCCCCUCCUCUCUGCCGCCCACCAGUCCCCCCAAAUGAUUUUACAGCGAAACCUGGAAAGGAAGACUGGGUGAAAGUGGUGAGCUGUCUUAAUUCAACAGAGGAAUUUUUUUUCUUACAAUCUAAAUUUUAAUUUUAAAAUGCUAAUGUUUAAGAAAGUUUCCGAGGAAAUCAGAUUGAAUCAGAAAUAAACCUGUGCAAACAAAUCA